AUGGAUUGUGAUGGUGGUGGAAGCUCAGGCAGCAAACAACAUACUUCGGUAGAUGCCAAGAAAAGAGAGAAGAGGAUUUGUCAUCGCCACACUCCUCAACAGAUCCAGAGACUUGAAGCUUAUUUCAAAGAAUGUCCUCAUCCGGGGGAAUUACAGCGACACAAGUUAUGCAAAGAGCUAAAUCUCGAGCUGGACCAGAUCAAAUUUUGGUUUCAAAACAAAAGAACUCAAAGCAAAGUUCAAGAUGAGAGAUCUUCUAACAUAUUACUUCGUGGAGAAAACGAUAAGAUCCGAUGUGAGAAUGAAGCAAUGCUAGAGGUUUUAAAGAAUGUGAGUUGUCCAGACUGUGGAGGUCCUCCUUUUGAUAGAGACGAACGAGAACGCAAUCUCCAUAAACUGCGUCUAAAAAACGCCAUCCUCAAAGAGGAGCGUGACAAACUCGCAAACUUUAUAUCCAAGAACAAGCUCCAAGAAACAAUGGUGGGCUCAUCCGCUUCUGCUGAGAGACAGCAAAUCGUUGAAACUGACAACUCGUAUGGAGCUAAUCCAAGCAAUCUCUCGUUCGAGCCAACUAACUCAUUACGACCACCAACUUCUCAAACCAUCCAACCACAACCACUAUCUGAAAUGGACAUAACGCAACUGACUGAAACCGUGGCAAGUGCGGUUGAAGAACUCAAGCGCCUGUUUUUUACCGAGGAAGCUUUUUGGGUUAAGUCGUCUAUCGACGGAACAUAUGUGAUUGAUCAAGAGAGCUAUGAGAAGUUCUCGCAUGCGAUCAAACAUUUCAGGAGCUUGAGUGCUCGCGUCGAGUCUUCCAAAGAUGUCACUGUGGUUCCUAUAGAAGCAACAAAUUUGAUCGAAAUGUUCUUAGAUUCGGAGAAAUGGAAAAACCUCUUUCCAUCUAUCGUGAACAAGGCCACGACAAUUCAUAUGCUUGGAUCCGAGCUUCCCAUAAAAGAAAACUGCAAUGUCUUGCAAGUGGUAACGUGGAUAGAGCAUGUGGAAGUGGACCACAAACCCGAAACACAUCGGAUGUAUAGAGAGCUUUUAUGUGGCGGCUCAUCAGGUUAUGGCGCUAAACGUUGGAUCGUCACGCUAGAGAGGAUGUGUGAGAGGAUGGCUCUCUCCUCCAUCUUAACCAUUCCCGCUACUGACUGGAGCGAAGUUAUAAAGACAAUAGAAGGAAGAAGGAGUGUAAUGAAAUUAGGGGAAAGAAUGUUGAAGCAAUUCAACGAAAUGUUGACCAUGUCCGGGAAAGUCGACUUUCCUCAACACUCCAAAUGUGGAGUCAGAAUCUCACUCCGGGUGAACAAUGAGGCCGGUCAACCACACGGUUUAGUUGUUAGUGCUGCGACUUGUCUCUCAAUCCCUCGCACUCCCUUGCAAGUCUUCAACGCAUUACGAAGCAGCGACACUCGUCACGAGUGGGAUGUUCUUUGCAAUGGAAACAGAGUCUCUGAGAUCGCUCGCGUUUUCACCGGAUCAAGUGAAACUAACCACCUCACCAUCCUCCGGCCUCAGAAAAUAGAGAACAGUGGCAUAUCUAUGGCACAAUUCUCACUCAAGGGCGACAUGGUGAUGCUACAAGACUGUUACAUGGAUGCACUAGGAGGCGUGAUAGCAUACGCUCCUCUCGACUUGACUACAAUGAAUAUCGCUGCCUCCGGCAAAGUUGACCCUGCUGGAAUUCAAAUCCUUCCAUCUGGUUUCACAAUCUCAAGCGACGGCCAGCGAUCCAUAGAGGCUGAAGACGGUGGGACUUUACUCUCGCUGGUUUUUCAGAUCCUCAUCUCUGGUAGAAUCGACAGGACGAAAGAGGUGAAUGAGAAGUCGGUGGCUAUAGUGAGUGCUUUAGUCAGCUCUACUAUUCGAAAGAUCAAGCUCUUGCUCAACUGUCCUGAUCAUGUUUGAGUGAGGGAAUAUUCUCCAGAUGAUUCUCUUCCCUUUUGUUGUUGUUAUUAAAGAUAUUUUUAUUUUUAUUUGCUUUUGGAUUAUUUGGAUUGGUUAUCAUGGGUUUUUAAGGACAUAAUUAUUAG